UUUCAAAACACGGCAUCUCCAACACGAAACACAAAAUCUCCGACUAUCGAAAAGUUGUUGGCUUGUUGGUUGCGUGUGGGCCUGAGUUUGGGUAAGUAAAGCAUAGACCCCACUUGCCACACAAAACCACGGCAAUACACUAACGAAACGCGAGAUGCAAUCGCACGAGGUGCACACGGACUGAGGUAUGGAUCUACAAGCGCGUACAAGAUAUGGGAGGGGGAUAUGUUGCUGCGGCACUUUGCACCUGCGUUGGAAAGGUGGUUAGUAUGUAUCAAUGAGCUACAUGGAUGCGCUGCUAAAGUAACAUAAAAACUAACGGUAGAUAACAACUAACAUACCAGACACUACUCGGUUCUCUCACUCUCUCUUUCCUGUCAGUCUGAGUUGAUCUCGUACAAUCGAUGCAAAAGGCUGUGUUGUCAUUCUGUUUAAGCACAAGGCUCAAUAGUUCGCGCAAUGGGAAGACACUUUAGUUGGAUAUAAGGAAGCAAUUAAAUAAGCUAGGCUGGGCUACUUACAACCCAGCAAUAUUAUUCGAAAAGUACAUCGGUGUACGCCUGUACACUUCCAGUACUGACUGAAGCCGAAAUAUUUAAGAAUAUCACACCAAGGCGAAGAGUGUGUUGAAGGGCGGACAAUACUUGCUGUGGUGGCACGUCAUCUAUAGCUUCAACUUGGUAUUUCCACGACAAUGUCGAACGUAGAGUCCACGGGCAGAGCUGGAAACAAAGCAGCUUCGGGAGGAACGAACACCAAAACAGAAGGUGCCGGGCACGCUCCAUCCAGAGGAAAGCUGUCGUUCAAGGAGAUCAUGUGGGCCACUGCUGCAGGCAGUCAAGUCUCCAAACCGUUUGCAGAGCUCAAAGGCUUGCAACCCGGGAAGAUUGCGAUUCAGCCAAGAGAGAAGCUUAGCCGCUCGGGUACUGGUGACAGUGGUGUAGGUCCCUCACGUCAGACGUCUGGAGAGAAUGUAGCUUUAAGCAAGCAAUCAAGCACUGAUGGUGACAGUGGUACACCACCGGAUCACAACACCCCAACAAAAGACAAAGAGACUAAGAAUGGGAAGGGGAAUGGGAAUGGCAGAAAGAAAACUACGACACGCCAGAGUGAUCGAGAUGCUGAGGAGAAAAUACCUUGGACUCAAGAAGGAAACAACCCUGGAGGACGUGAACAGCAGGAGCAGAAGGCUAAGACGGCGAAAGUUGGGCUGUCCGCGCUGAGUGACAACUGGAACCAAGGUGCCGGAGAGUUGUGGGGACUCAGUAUCGCUACCACACAGAAGCUGUCUGAAAAUCUGCAAUCGAUGGACAUUCACACCGAUCCAUCGGGUACUAAACGUGCGGAUUCGCCUUUCUCUCAGGCAUUGUCUACGGCCUCGGCUGACUUGAAGGAAUUGUCGCGGUCGCAUUCAACCGUGGAGGCCGAAUUUUGCGCUACGAAUAUAAGCCGGUCACUGUGGAGCUCUGCAAGCGCCGGUCAGGCAACAGGGGAAGGCACCGCAGGUAUGGUUGGUGCUGAUCUGGCAUCCGAACGUGUCGGGCAGAGGUCCACGCUAUCCAGACCUCUGUCUGAUUCUGUACUACGAUCAACCCCUGUGGAGACCUCGCAGCUGAAGAUACCGAAACAAGAAUUCAAACCCAAUACGCCGGAGUUUGUAUUGCCACAGAUGCCACAGAUGUCUCAGUCUCAGUCUCAGAUGCAGAUGCAGACACCCGGGCCGGAAUACUAUCAACACGGUGACUAUCCCCAGCAACAGAACGACUUCAUCUUUCAAGAGGGGCCGUGGUACCCGCAGAUGGGCUCAGGAGCCCCAUCCAUCCCAGGUAAUGGGUCGUACACCAACCAUGGAGGGGAGGUCGUAUACGACAAUGGCGAUCGGAAUAGAUACUCGCAGCAACACCACACACGCGCACCUAUGGAUGCGAUCAUCAGUCCGACAGUGGGGGGGACAGGUCACGAACUACAUACCAGGGUUGACCAGGGGUACGACUGUGUCAGCGUAACAAGCAACUGGAGUAUCGACUCCGCGCCCUUUGUACCUCAGACACACCUGCAGCACCAAAGACCCGCGCAGCCACAGCGCCCGCAAGUGCUGUCCGCGUCGUCAUCGAGCGGUCAAGAGCAGUCUCGCGGUAGGUUUGAUUCCGUCAGGUCUCAGUUGCACCCAGCCUCGACUACAGGUGAGCUAUAG